AUGACAAUAUCUAGUCCACAUGUCCGUCAUUACAAAGCUUCAUUAGCUAGACGUAAACUUCUUCAAAUGCCAUUGGCAUGUAUAGGAGUUGGUAGGACGGAACAGGGGACUUACUGCUUGUAUCUUGUUGAAAAGCAAAACCUAGUUGAUUAUUCCAUUUUCCAAACACUUUUAGAAAAAGCUGCUUUAAAGCCAGGGGUAAAAGAGAUGAGCAUAUCAAAAGAAGAGAUGAGUAACAUUCUUUACCUUGCUGAAACAGAAUCGCAAAGGGAACUGUUGAAGUAUGUUGUUGUUAAGGCUACUGGACUUUCCAAUACGAAGGCGAAAUCUUUUUAUGGACUCAGUAAUGUAAAAGAGAGAAAAGAAAAAGUUGAAAAUGCUCUGGAAAAAGCAAUUUCAAUAAGACAGUCUAUUGAAAAGAUAGCUCGUCUUAAAGACAGAGCCUUACUUUCCUCUUUUGGCAUUGAUUGUGCUAGUGAUUGCGACACCAGUAGUGAAAGUGAAAGUGAAAGCGAUAGUGACAAUGACAGUGCCAUCCAGAAAGAACCAAGUCAAUCUAGUCCAGAUAAGAUAACAGAACCUGUUGUGACAGAUGAUGAGAUUAAUCCUGAUUUCCUUACACUGAAUGCUAAAAAUAAUCCCGUGUUAGAUGUUAAUCAAGCCCUAUGUAUUCUUAAGGAGUGUACUUUUAACUGGUUUGAGCUGGUUAGCCAGCUUGAAUCAAGGUUAAAUGUUUCUGACGAUUUGGUUAGCAAUGUUCUUGACGAACUUGGAAAUCAGCUUACAUCUAAUAACUUAGGAUUAAGUGAAAUGGACCAAAAGAUUGCAGAACAAUCAUGGCAAGCAUAUUCACUCAUGAAAACGUAUAGUGACAGUUCUUGUAGUGAUGAUUCAAUUGUGUCGGAUUCUGAUGAGAGCGAGAACGAAAUGUGGCGAAAAGGAAUAGAUGAUGUUCUGAGUGCUGAUGGUAAAGAAAUGAUAAAGAAGCGUAAAGAGGCAUUAAAGCGAAAAGCUGUACGUGAAACAAAACGAAGGAUUAUGGAGGAAAGGUUUCUUAAAAGAAGAAGAAGCAAAAAAGUAUCGCGAAUAUUGACCCAGUGUCCGGAUAUUGGUAAAGAAAUAGAACAAUUUGUUCAAGAUUCAGGCGCGGGUGCUGAUGCAUGGAGGCGCACUGGUGUGCUUACUUUUGAUGGCAACCGAAAGUUAAAAAAGAAGCCUACAUUCAAGCGCAUUCAAAAACAUCUUCAGGAAAAGUACAAUACGCAUAUCAGCUAUGGUAGUGUUGUUCAACUUUGCAUUGCAAGGAAUAAGAGACGGAGAUCUGCUGCACGAUACAAAGGUGUAGCAAAGGUUCUACAAAAGAGAUCCCGGAAAGGAUUUAAUGCCAAAUUUAAUCCCGACGAACACUGGAGCUGUGCAUUUUAUGCUACACUUAACGAGCUAGAAUACAAAGAUGGAAUGGCUGCAAUGAACAUUGGAAGAGAUGAUCAGGCAGGUUUUCGUCUUGACACAAUGACAACUCAUCGCUUACAUGGCACAUUAUGCGUUAAAGGUAAAGAAGCCCUUACAACACGUACGGAUUAUACUACCAGGUAUCCGUCUACCUUACAAACGACGUCGUAUAACUUUGCUGAAACGGAAACAGUAGGAGAAUUGUGUGCUGGUGUUGUAAAAGCACGUGGACUUCACGAGAAGAACCCAGCACAACAUCUAGCCGACUUGGAAAUGCUUUCAAAAAAGGAAGAACUGAAACCUGCUUUUAUUGAUCAUAUGACCAAUCAGCUGAAGAAAGUACAGUUCAUUAGAGUCGACGGGGGUCACGAUGAGGGACCGUCCCAUUGUGAAGUUCAGUAUUGGUGGACUGUCUGGCAACUCAAAACUGACGCUAUUGUCACAAUAAUAACAUGUCGAAACAGUGGUGCAAGCUUCCGGAACAGGGUUGAAUUGCAAAAUGGGUGUCUGUCUCUUGCGCACACAAAUCUUUUUAUUCCAUCUACCCUAAAUGGAAGUUGUUUGGAAGGCGAUGGUAAAAUCAACCAUGAAAAAAUGCAGGAAAAUCUUUCAUCCGCAAUUGAUGUCUAUAUCAGCCGCGUCAGUGGAGCACCUUGUGGGUCAGCACAGAUAGAACUUUAUCGUGGGGCUAAUAGCACAGAACAUCAGAAAGAAAACGAUCUUGUUAAAAUUUUUCUCAAGGGGAAUAAAGCAGAAAAACAGGCUUUAGAAGAAGAACAUCCCGCAUUGUAUGCGAAAAUAAAGAGUAUCUGGGAGCUCAAGAAAAGACAUGAAAACAAGAACGUCCCUAGCAAAUACGUCUUUUCGCUACUGUGUUGCUAUAAAAAAGAUUGUAUUCAUUCCCUUUGUAAGAAUGGACGACCUGCCAUCAAUCCAACCUGGUACCCUGGUGGACCACCACUUACUUACUUCCCAUUGCCAACAAAAGAUCCAGAACGACCAUUUGGUCAAGAAAACUGCUCCCAAUGCCAAUCAGAGUGCGCUGGACAUUAUCUAAAACCAAAGCUUUUGGUAGACAAAGCAAUCAACAGUGAACAACCACCUUCUAUGCAGCCACCAUCCGAUAUUAUCUUGUCAGUAUACAAGAAAUACGAGAAUAUUCCACCUGACGAUGUAGUAUGCGCAACGUCUGAAGACGUCCUCUUGCCUGUUGGAGAAACAAGGAUGUGGUUUGAGCACUUACACCAAGUUAGUCUCAAUCGAAAAAAAGGUGCGAAAAAAGCUGCUUCCACUCGAUCCAAGAGAAAGGCAAAGGACAAGCAUCCAGUACCUGAUGAUGCAAAUGAGGACGUCUGUGCGUCAUGUGGCGAAUUAGAACCCCCAGAGGAAGAGGACAAAGACUGUACUUCGGCAGAGGUGCACUGGAUAGCAUGUGACGGAUGUCUCAGCUGGUACCACGUUCAAUGUUGUGGGCUGAAUAGUUGCGAGGACGUAAGUUCACUUUCACACUGGCUAUGUCUCAAUUGUAAGGAGUCUUGGGACCCAAACGCUUAA